AUGUAUCUUGUCACGCCCCCGCUGCUAAGUCUGUCUGUGGUAGGAGAGGAACUGUUUUUAUACCUGGCGGUGACCCCGCAUGCUGUGAGCUCAACACUGAUAAGAGAGGAAGCAAAAAUGCAAAAGCCAGUGUACUACACCAGUAAGGCAUUGAGGGGGGCGGAAGGGCGAUAUCUGCUAAUAGAAAAGCUGGCCUUCGCGCUCAUCACGGCUUCCAGGAAGUUAAGACACUACUUCCAAGCCCAUGUAAUCAAUGUUAUGACAGAUCACCCACUUAAGAAAGCUAUGAACAAGUUGGAAGCCGCAGGACGUCUGGUCCAAUGGGCAGUCGAACUCAGCGAGUUUGAUAUCCGAUACCAACCAAGACAUGCUAUUAAGGCUCAAGCCCUGGCAGAUUUUAUUGCGGAGUUCACGCCAAGAUGCAAUGAUGAAGUGCAGGAGGAUAAAAGGUGGGUGGUCCAUGUAGAUGGCUCGUCCACACAACAUGCAGGAGGAGUAGGGGUGGUUUUGCAAUCCCCUGAAGGAGACAAGUUGAAGCAUAGAGUCCGUCUGCAAUAUCGACCAACUAACAAUGAGGUGGAGUAUGAAGCUCUGCUUAAAGGACUAGAAUUGGCUAAGUCUGUAGAAGCGGAGUCAGUUCUCAUCCUGGGAGACUCUUCGUUGGUAAUGGGCCAAAUAAAUGGGACAUAUGAGGCGAAAGAAGAACGAAUGAAAAAGUACUUGGAGAGGGUAUUACAGCUUGUGAAAAAAUUCAAGGAAGCUAACUUCAUUCAAAUCCCAAGGGAAGAGAAUGCGGAAGCAGAUACCUUAGCGAAGGAAGCCUCAGCAACCGAAACAACCGACGGGUAUGAUGAAAUUCAGUACGUCCCGAAUGUAGAUCUCCCGAAAGUGCAGCAAGUAGGGAAUGAAGAAAAUUGGAUGACCCCAAUCGUCUCGUAUCUGAAGGACGGGAGACUUCCGGAAGCAAAAGACGAAGCUAAAAAACUCAGGAUAAAAGCAGCCAGGUACGUCCUUAUGGACGAAGUUCUUUAUAAGAGGGGCUUUUCUCAACCUUAUCUUAGGUGUCUGGCCCCAGAGGAGGUGAACUAUGUGCUGAGGGAAGUUCAUGAAGGAGCUUGUGGAAACCAUUCGGGAGCCAGAACGCUCAUCCACAAAGUUGUCCGUGCAGGGUACUAUUGGCCAACUGUCCAAGCGGAUGCAAAAGCUUAUGUCAAGGCAUGUGACAAAUGCCAACGAUUCAGCAAUAUCCCCAGGCAACCAUCAGAGUAUCUCACCCCAAUGAUGGCCCCGUGGCCCUUUGCUUAA